AGCAGUGUGGAUUACUGUAAGGGACAGAGGAAAGCUCAGUCUCAGUCGAGCAGGACUGUGUGAUGAUCUGCUUCAACAUGAGGACCCUUCCAGUCAGCUUUCUCCUGCUACUGUCUGUCUGGAGUGUGUGUGAAUGGGCUGACAGCAGGAAGAUUCGACAGAAGCGUGCAUGGAUCAUUGAUUCAUUUAGUAUUGAGGAAGAACACCCUGGUCCAUUUCCAUACAUACUAGACAAGAUUACAAUUGAUACGUUUUAUUUACUAAAUUUCGAGCUACAUGGUCAAGGUGUGAAUAAAGAGCCAAAGAAUAUUCUCAGCAUUAAAGACACAGGUGAAAUUAUAGUACAUGGAAAGGUGGACUAUGAAAAGGACCCUAAAGUUCUCUUUUUGAAAUUUGAAGCAAAAAAUAAAUCAACUAAUAUAGUGAAUACAAGGCUUGGGCUUGAUAUCAAAAUAUUGGACAUAAAUGACCAUGCACCAAAAUUUAAUAAGGAAAUCUAUGAAGAGACUGUGGACGAGUCACAUGCUCAAGGCAAAGACGUACUGACUGUACAGGCAACUGAUGCUGAUGAUUCAGAAACAAACAAUGGAACAUUCAGUUUCACAAUAAAGUCUGUUAUACCAAAAACAGAUAAUGCUGAAUUUUAUAUACAGCAGAAAAACCAAACUGGGACUAUUUAUUUUAAGGGGUGUUUGGACUAUGAGAAAGCUCAGAAAUAUACAGUCCUUGUUGAAGCAAAGGACAAAGGCGAAAAGAUACAGCUUUCAAGUACAAGUACAGUGAUAAUCAAUAUUUCGGAUAAUAACAACAAUCUGCCAGAGUUCUCUGGCAAAACAGGACCAGGGAGGGUCAAGGAGAGAGAAGCUGGGGUUGAAGUUCUGCGACUGCAAGUAACAGACAGAGAUGUCCGUGGCUCAAAAGCUUGGAAAGCCAAAUACAUAAUUUACGGAGAUACAAAAGAGAUAUUCAAAAUAGAAACAGACCCUGUUACGAAUGAAGGGAUUUUAACAGUUGUUAAGCCAAUGGACUACGAGGAGCAAACAUAUCAAAAUCUGUCCAUCAGUGUGCAGAACGAAAUUCCUUACUACUCCUGUAAGAUUCAAAGGAAAGUACCGAAUGCAGCAUGGGAGCUUGACCAAAUAGCCCCAAACUCUGACAAGAGUGUUACACACCUCUAUAAUAGCAUUCCAGUGACUAUUUAUGUUGAAGAUGUCAACGAUCCACCGGUGUUUAUACCUCCUGUUAAACAUAUUCCAGUAACAGAGAACAUCGAUGUAGGAACAAGUCUUACAACCUUCACUGCUAAAGACAUGGAUGGAAGUUAUGCAAACACAUUUACAUUUAUUAAAGGUGAAGAUAUUGAUGGAUGGAUAACUGUUGAUGCAAAGACUGGACAUGUAUCCACGGCUAAAAUUCUGGAUAGAGAGUCGCCAUUUGUAUUAGACGACACCUAUACAGUAAAACUGUAUGCUGUGGAUGAAGGUGUUCCUCCGAUGACAGGCACUGGAACUCUAGUGAUUCACCUGAUUGAUCAAAAUGAUAACGUACCAAUACUGGAGGUGAACACAGUCAGCAUUUGCCAAGAUAAAGAGCCCACAAUGGUCAACAUCACAGCCGUAGACCUAGACUUUCCUCCAUACGGAUCACCUUUCUACUAUGAGCUUUUAGGAGAUGUAAAGGACAAAUGGAGGCUUGAACCAGAUCAUGGCACAAUGGUGGGUCUUGUAAAAGAAGACAAAGUGUUUUCAGGUCAUCACGUGCUCCAGAUCAAAAUAUCAGACCAGCAGGGAUUUUACUCCAUCCAGAACCUGACGGUCAAGGUGUGUGAUUGCUCUUUAACUCCCAACUGCCAUGGCAAGAUGGUCUCAAAUGCUCGGAUGGGGUCUGUUGCAAUCUGGAUGCUUGUUCUUUCAGUUCUCACAGCAAUGUGCUUCAUGAGUCUACUGAUCACCUGCAAGACAGGGAAAAAAAUGAGUCCAAUGUUUGAGGAGAGCUACAGUAAUCUCAUGAAAUCAAAUACAGAAAGUCCAGGGACUGACUGCUCGGUGACUUAUAAAGGACAGCAGGCAGUUUCACAGGAUCCACCGCCAGUCUACAGCGACCAGCAAUUCAGCGACCAGCAAUUCAGCCAAUCGAUAUAUAAGAUAUCGAGCAUCAGAAAAUCAAGUUUUAGAACCAUGCGUUCAUACAAAACCAAUGCAUCUUACUCGGGUAAAAACCUCGCCUUUCUCAUCAACCAGAAACUACUUGCUCUCCAAACCCGUGAUGAUCAACAUGUUAUUUACAAACCGCACUGUUACGCAGAUGAAGGACAACCUAUGGACAAUGGUGAACUGGAUGCAAUAUCCAUUCCAGAGGAUGACUUUCAACCAGAGAUGCUCAGAAAUCUGGACAGCAAGUUCAGUAAACUAGCAACCAUUUCCAGACCCGACCUGAUGAGGAGGUGAAAAUUAUCUCCGGACUUGUAGCCAGUGUAUACAUAAAUAUAUAGCACAAAAUGCAACUAAGGGUUUAAAAAGGUUUUACAGUUCUGUGAAUGUCAAUAAAUAUGCAUUUCCUUUUUCUGAAUGCAAAUAAACUAAUGUUUACAAAUCAACAAACGAAUAAUGUUAACAUUUUAGAUGAGCUCAGGUUUUUGGGCUUUUGUUGUAUGUAUUUUCAUUCUGUAUUUUUUGUGCUGUGUUCAUGUGGAAUCAUUAGAAGGUAUUUAAUGCAAAAGAAAUGUGGUGUAGUUAUUUGAUAAAACCUUCUUUAAGAGUAGUACUUGGGUGGAUGGUUUUAGGUUUUUGAGUUUUUAGGAACUGAUAGGCGUUUUUGUUUCGAUUGUUUCGCUGGGCGUGACAUUUCGUCACCUUGGAAUCACAAGGUUCUAUCUGACAUUUUUUCUAUCUGACAUUCACACAUAUUUAUUCUAUGACAACAUGUGUUUGUAAGAAAGAAUCGAUCAGCAUCAGCUUUCUUUGUCAUUUCACUGGAAUGCUCCCU